AUGGCUCCUCACGUCCACGACAGGAUCUACUGGGUCUUUAUCCCCAUCAACACCGAGGUGGUCGACGGUCCACAGUGGGACUCGCUCGCUCUCACCCUUGCCAACAAGCUCUGGUACUUGGGCUAUGCGCCCAAGGGCGAGAUCACCGUUACGCAUGGAAACAACGAGGUCGUCAUCCCGACGCAUCACCCCCUGAACAAGGAUGUCGUCGACUACUGCGUCCGCCGAACGGGCGAAUUCUACGACCCCCACACUGUUGGCCCAGUUCGCCGCGAGGAGAGCGACUUUUCGUCACCGCGUGCCGCCAAUCUGUCCCUCGAUAAGAGCAUUUCGCCAGUAGUGCCCAUCCUCACCGCGAGCGGAAACACUCGCCCCGCCCCCUCGUCUACCAUGCCCAAGGGUCAGCACCUGCACGACAAGAUGUACUGGACCAUCAUCCCCGUAGACAGCGCUGGCUGCGACAGGCACAAGCUGCAGGACGGUCCACAGUGGGAGUCUCUCGCCCUCGCCAUCUGCGUCCGGUUGUGGCACCGCGGCUACGCGCCGAAUGGCGAGGUUGUCGUCUCGCAUGCCAACAACGAGAUUGUCAUCCCAACCUUCCACCCCGUUCCAAAGGACGACGUCGAGUACUUUGCCCGCCGUGCCGGAGAGUUCUACGACCCGCACAAGGUCGGCCCAGCGCGCACCGAGGAGGUCGACUUUAGCCACGAGGACGUCCCUCAGCACGCUCCCUCCACGUCCGCUGGCCCCACCGUGUCGUGA